AAAACAAGUGUUGAAUGAACCUUAGAAUAUUAGAUGUUAAAUAUGAUUGGCAAAGGCAUUAUUAUAUCCUUUUUGUCAUGCCGAUUCGGGAUUAAUGUGACGUCACGUUGAUAGCUUUCCUCGGAUGAACGCGAAAGAAUUAGAGAGCAGCAAAAUAAUACAACUGACAGACUCUAUAUCUGGCAGCCCAUCCGUUAUGUCUUUUAACCCUCUUCGGCUAAAUACAAUCGAUAAUUUUGCCUUGCGAUGAGCGCGGAUAAGGUUUGAAUGCCGUCUUACGGCGUUUUUUGAGGGUUUUUUUUUAUUUCGCGAUUUUCCAACCGGGGGUCAUUUAUUAUUAAACUAACGACCAUGCGUGCAGUUGUCUCCAGCAGUCGCGUCUUGAAGUACCUUCGCUUAUAAUCAAUCAGAGAGAAAUAUCGCCCAUGGUAACGAAAGGAACAGCGAUGUCGUUCUCUCAAUUUGGAUACCCCUACAACACCACCUCGCAGUUCUUCGUGUCGGCGAGUCCCAGCGCGGCGUGUUGUGAGCCGGCCUCAAGACCCGUGUCCGAGGGCAACGCUGGGCCGACACAGACCACCACCAUCUGCUGCCCGAACUAUGAUAACCGACUGCUGGCCAACGCAAGGACUGAGAUCAACGCGGCGGCCGCGGCUUUGGGCAUGUACAGUAGCGCUCCAUAUGUAGCCGCGGCCGCCAGCCAAGGCUAUGGGAACUACCUCACCUACAGCGCCGACCCUGCAGCCCUCUACACCUCACUGAACUCCCAGUACGAAAUUAAGGACAGCACGGGUAGCUUACAUUCGGGCAUCGCUCCGGCGGCCGCGUACUAUCCCUACGACCACUCCUUGGGCCACUACCAAUACGACAGAUGCGGCGCCGUGGAUUUCAGCGGUAGUUCUCGGCGCAAGAAUGCCACCAGAGAAACGACCAGCACUCUGAAAACCUGGUUGUACGAGCACAGGAAGAACCCUUAUCCCACCAAAGGCGAGAAGAUCAUGCUGGCCAUCAUCACCAAAAUGACCCUGACCCAAGUGUCCACCUGGUUCGCCAACGCCCGGCGGAGGUUGAAGAAAGAGAACAAGAUGACCUGGUCACCUAGAAACAAAGGAGGGGAUGAGAAGAAAGAGGAUGGCGAGGGCGGGGACAGGGAGGAGCGCGGAGGAGAUAGCACAGAUAACGAUGAGAAAGAAUACAGAGAAGGCAAAGAGUUGAGACUGAGCGACUUGGAAGACGACGAAUCUGAGAAACUAGAAGCCGAUCACGAAAAGACAGCGAAGGUAGAAGCCAAAAGCUGGAGUAACUCAGCGGGUCAGACAGCAUCUCUGGAAUCCAGGCCGAGGAGAAGUUUGAUGGAGUCGGAGGAUAUAGACUGCAAUCUCUCUGCUCCAAACAAGCAGCACGCUCCCUGUUCGAAAAACUGUUCUAGCCUCGAGUCCGACUUUCUAGAAACGAUAGCAAACAAGUCGUCUGUUUCUCAAGCGAGCAACAACCUCCCGCAGCGCUUCGGGACAGCGGAGAAGCCGAGGAUUUGGUCCCUGGCUCACACCGCAGCCUCCAAUUCUCUGGUGAGCUGCCAGAAUGGGCAGAACAGGACAGCGAGGUACUGUGCCGAGGUGAAGCCGCCCCAGGGCACGGUGAACCAACUCGAGGAUAUAAUCUCCCUCGGAGACUCCUCACAAGCGGCCCGCAUUCUGAGAACUUCAGCAUUCAACUUGCAAUCGCUUGUAGCGUCCGGUCAGUUGCACUGCGCUUCCUACCCUGCGCUGGACAACUGCCAAUACACAUCAGGGACUUCAGGGUUUGUGAGGAACAUGAAAUGUGACCUGGGUGCGGCGGAAAUCAGGGAAACGUGUCUCAUUCGCCAAGAGGAGAGAGUAAGAGGGGCCUUCAGACCGACGCUGAAGAGGUGAGGUUCGGUUAACGCGAUGCGAUGCAGCCGGAGAGCAGCCCCUUCCUUCACUGUACGCACUGGUGGUCUGACAGUAGUACACUGGAAAUGAAACGGGAUGUUUCCGUGCCGACCGCAUAGACUUUGAAACGGACGCUCUUGGCCAACGUUGGCACGGUCAAUAAUUCUUUCUACCAACACCCGGAACGUCGCCUCCAACUGUCUGUUUGUCCGAGCACCGACUUAGUCCAUAUAGUUGAGGAAACAAAAAUCAAAACAGAUUUAAGAAUCAGGGGAUCCCACAUCGAACUAUUGUGAUGUUUAAACCUUUUAUGAAACCACUCGACAUCUUGUCACACACUGUUUUCUCUUUUAUAAAGUUAUAAGCGCAUUCCGCCUCUGACCUCGUUUGUCCGAGCCGCUCAACUUUUGCGUUGAACACAGAGAUAUUUAAUUUAUUUGCACGCCCAGUCCAAGUUUGUUUCCCUUGACCCGCGCGAUGUGAUGAAAACACACUUAUAACGUCUAAUAGCGAUUGAAAACUGCCGAUUCACGGCGACCUACUUACAAAGACGGUAUGUUUUAUGCAAUUAGAUUAAACGUAUGAAUCGCUGAAGCGUGAAAUAAGUAUUUUGUGUUCCUGUAAAA